UACUGUAAAUUGUUAACUGUGUUGAAAUUAUUUCAGGUGCAGACAAUGAACAAAAAAAUAUAUUACGUAAUAAUUUCUAUUUGCAAUGUAAUUAUUACUCCGGCUUAUCCGUAAUGGAUGACAAGUGGUGUGCGACGUACAUAAAUAUCGAAGACUUAGGAGGUAUUUGCGAUUUGUAGAACAAGGAAAAUAGUUAUUUCUGGUAAAAAUGGGGGCAAAGGAUUCAAAACCCCUGUGUAUAACAUACGAAGAAGCAGCUAAGCGUGUGACAGAAGCAGAGCUGAAAAGACUGAAGGAGGCAUUUAAACGUGUUUCUACCGUAAAUGGAUGCAUAACGAAGCAGUCUUUCGUAAAAGAUGUCUUGGGCGAUGGAGUACCGACUCAGAUAGCAGAGUACAUAUUUUCUGCGUGUGGCGGAACACAGAAAGGAAUCGUUUUUAAGGACCUGCUCUGUGGUCUGGUACUUUUAACUAGAGGAAAAGAUGAUGAGAAAUUGAAGUUUUUAUUCGGGUUGUACUCGAAUGAAUCAGGGAGUCACAUUUCUCGAGAUGACUUCUUGAGAUUGCUUCAAGCGACAGAGAGCAGUUUCAUUCCUGAAGCAGUCACUGGUCUCUUCUCAGAGGCAAAUCGUGUGUCAUACGAAGAAUUCCGGGACUGGCUCUUGUCACGUCGUGAUGCGACCUCAUUGAGCCGUUGGUUGCUGUCGGAGCCGUGUACUGUUACUCUAAGCAAUGAAUUGGAAACACCAACCUUCUACCAAACACUUGCUGGUGUGACUCAUUUGGAAGAGAGUGACAUCAUCGAGCUGGAGAAGCGCUACUGGCUUUUGAAGGGCCAGUCACGCACGGGGAAGCUUGACCUGGACACGCUGGUGCCUCUGGUCAGCCCCCCAGUGCCCUUGUCCGUCUGUGCCGGGGUCUUCGCUGCGUUUGACGAGAACAGGGACAGCCACAUUGACUUCAAGGAAAUGGCGUGCGGUGUAUCUGCUGCGUGCAGGGGCCCUCUCACUGAGAGGCAAAAGUUUUGUUUUAAAGUUUUUGAUGGUGAUAGAGAUGGUGUCCUCACAGAAGAAGAGUUGCAGCACAUGAUUGAUGUUCUAUUAUUUGUACGCCGUGAAAAUAAAUCAUCUAAAGAACUCUCUCUAGAUCCGUACGGUGAAGUUGAUGUGGAAAUGGUCAUGAAAGAUAUCAGGAGACACGCAACAAGUGAGAAAGGGUUGACAACAGAAGAAUAUUUAAUGUGGACUGUGGAAAACCCACUUCCAAUGGAUUUCUUAAAUUUGUUGUUUCAGGUAUGUCACAUUGUUUUGGGGCUACGUCCAGUAUCACGUGAAGAAGAGGGAGAAAUUGUGAAAGGCUGGCUGGAAAGAGAGAAGAGACGUGGUUAUAGGGUGGGACAGUUCUGGUAUCUCAUUGCAAGUGACUGGUGGCGUUCCUGGGAAAAUUAUGUCUCCUAUAAGCCAAGUGGUGAGAGUCCAAACAGCAGCAAUUCAGGAAGUUUGAGGAGAGGUGUCAGUACAGGCCGUUUAUCAGGACGACGAUCAAACCAACAGUUGAUUGAAGAUGCUGUCGAUGCCACCACUGAAGCAACAGAUUCUCUUAAUUCUACAAGGCUGUCCACAACUUCCCUAGCAGCACAAGAAACAUCCAGAUCAUCAAGUGUCGCAUCCAGCCCGAGUCAGUCACCUCGUCAGCCACGAAAGGCGACAAGCUCCUUCGGCGGUUCUCCAUCUCCACCGGGGCCGAUUGACAACACAAACCUUGUGUCAACUCCGGCCUACAAGGUGGCCACACCGCUGACUGGAGAGGGUGGAAAGCUAAAAAGGAGUCCCGAACUUGUGCACCCACGUGAUUUUGAACUUGUUCCAGACUCUUUGUGGAAGGCCCUUUCACAGUGGUAUGGAGGCUCACCACCACUUCCAAGACAGGUGAUUCUUCCAAAGAAUGGUGAGAAAGAGGAACUGGAGCUGUUUCCACUAAACCUUAGGCUGUUACGGCACCAGUCGCCACCGGCAAGAGCCCCACAGGCUUCCUGGUCUGGCAUGGUUGGGGGCUAUGGUGCUGCUGCCCUCAGUUCCACAGGUUAUGCCUAUGUUUCCAAUUUCCCCACACCACCUAAGCGACAAUUAGCAUAUGUGGCAGCGUUCAGCCGUAUGGCUACGAUCAAGCAAGUCUACGACUUCUUGUGUGCUCGUCUCAGGAUAAGACCAGAGGACAUGAGGUUAUGGCAUUAUAGGGAUGAGAACAACAUGCUUCUUAUUGAGGAUGAAGAACCUACUUUGGAGGAUUUGGGUAUAAUGGAUGAAGACCAGCUUUUGAUUGAAGUCAGGAACAAAGACCUUACUUGGCCUGAAGAAAUGGGAUCACUGGCAAAUCAUUUACAGGACAAGCGUAAACCAUCUGUCCCAGCUGAAAGAGGAGCGACUGGUCUCAACAACUUGGGUAAUACAUGCUUCAUGAAUGCAGCAUUGCAGUGUGUGAGCAACACGAGGGCUCUCACUCAAUAUUUCACAAGUAACAUGCACCUCUAUGAACUUAACAGAGCAAAUCCGCUAGGGAUGAAGGGUCAUAUUGCUAAGAGAUAUGGGGAUUUGAUCCAUGACAUAUGGAGUGGAACCGCAAAAACGAUAGCACCUCUGAAGCUCAGGUGGACAAUAGGAAAGUAUGCACCACGUUUCAAUGGUUUUCAGCAGCAUGAUUCACAAGAGCUGUUGGCCUUUCUUCUCGAUGGGUUACAUGAAGAUCUUAAUAGGGUGCAUGAUAGACCUUAUGUAGAGCUCAAAGACAGUGAUGGAAGACCUGAUGUCAUAGUGGCACAAGAGGCCUGGGAAAAUCAUAUUCUUCGGAACAAGUCGAUUAUAGUGGACCUGUUUCAUGGCCAACUCAAGUCUAAAGUGACAUGUAAAGUGUGUGGCCAUGAGAGUGUGAGGUUUGAUCCAUUUAACUACCUCUCAUUACCACUGCCUAUGGAGAGCUACAUCCAUGUGCAGGUUAUUGUAAUGCGAUUGGAUGGAUCUGUUCCUGUAAAAUAUGGCCUAAGAUUGAACAUGGAUGAGAAAUACAGCAGCAUAAAGGCAGCAUUGUCACCGUUGUGUGGCAUACCAGCUCACUUAUUAAGACUGGCAGAAGUAACCGCUGCCCAAAUAAAGACUGUACCACCAGAUGAUCAAAAGAUAAAAACUUUGGUCGGUGGUUGCCUCUAUGCUUAUGAGCUUCCUGAGAUUGGUUCAUUAUUUGGAGAGGAAGAAAGACUUUCGAUUUGCUCACAACGCUCUAACAGAGAUGGACAAACAUUUGUCGCAAUCCAGCGGUCUGUACAACCACGCCCACCACCACUGGGUUCAGGUGGUGUUACAAGCAGCCCAGUGCUUCGGGCCAGUGUGGAAUGUGAUCCGCACUCUCUUACAUGUAAUAAUAGACCAGUUGUAGACGACGGCAGUUCAAGCAAUCCGAAUCCAAACGCGGAGCAACUCCAGGCUGGCUCAUCAUCCCAUCGGCUGAGUGGAAGCAGUGGGAGCAAUGGCAGCCUGCCACCGGAGGAGAUAGCUGCGAUAGCUGCGCGCCAGUCGAGCGGGCACAGCAGUGCCAGCUCCGGCAGCCUGGCUGGCCUCAGUGACACAGACGUCUGCAGCCCGCAGGGCUUUAUCGUCGCACUCCAUCGAAAAAUGAUUCGACAAGAUGUAUAUUUCCUGUCAUCGCAAAAGACAAAACCCAGCCUCUUCGGGUUACCAAUAAUUGUACCGUGUUCAGAAACAACAACUCACCAAGACCUCUACCACGCUGUUUUGGUGCAGGUUGCACGGCUUGUUUCACCGCUACCACCAUCUGAGACAGCGGCACCAAACCAUGCUCAAGACUGUGACGACAGCCUAGGUUAUGAAUUCCCAUUCGUACUGAAAGCAGUUCAGCGAGAUGGUAUGCAGUGUGCUCUGUGCCCGUGGUACAGAUUUUGCCGCGGCUGUCGCAUACCUUGCUCUGAAGCUGAAUUCAACUUCAGAUGUACACACCUAGCCAUUGAUUGGGAUCCAACAGCUCUACACCUGCGUUAUCAGACAUCCCAGGAAAGGGUUUUUGUGGAACAUGAAAGUGUUCCAUUGACACGGCAACAACAGUCAGAGCCAAUUGAUCUGGAUUUUUGCUUGGAGGCCUUUACAAAAGAAGAGCAUCUUGGGGAAGAUGAAAAGUAUUAUUGCUCAAAAUGUGGCCAACAUCAGUUGGCAAGCAAAAAGCUUCAAAUAUGGAGGCUACCUCCAAUACUGAUUGUUCAUCUGAAAAGGUUCCAGUUUGUUAAUGGAAAGUGGGUAAAGUCCCAGAAGGUUGUGAAUUUUCCAUUCAGGAAUUUUGAUCCAACAGCCUACCUUGCUUCGGUACCUAAACAGACGGUCAUCAGACACAAAGAACUAAAGGGGGAAUAUGCUGAAAAGGAGCAAAACUCCGAAAAGGAUGACAGUAACAUCGAAUCCAACAUUAUGUCACUGACUGAUGAAUCUGAAGUGCAAAAUCAUGGUGAUAUACUAUCACAUUUAAUUCAGAACCAUAGGGAGAUAGUUGACAACAAUUUAAAUAUAUCAAAACCGAGAUUAGAGGCUGAACUAAAUACUCAUAACAGUGCCAGAGGAAAUGGACACAUUCCCAAUGGUGAUCUGACGCUACCAUUGAAUUCACGUGAAAGACUGGUGUCGACGUCACUCGUCAAAACUCCUGUGGUAGAUUGUGCCCUACAAGAUUUCCACCAACAUCGGCUUACUGACGGCAGCGACCCAUUUGAUUUGAAGUACAAUUUGUAUGCUGUAGUGUCACAUUCAGGCAUCCUAGGAGGUGGCCAUUAUGUGUCAUAUGCGUGCAAUCCAAAUGGACGGUGGUACUGCUACAAUGACAGCAGUUGUAAGGAGGUGAGUGAGUCUCAAAUGGACACCAGCUCAGCCUAUAUGUUGUUCUACGAGCGAGAGGGGUUGGACCAGCAGCAGUACAUGCCUAGUGUUGUCGGCAAGGCACCCGACACACGUGAUCUCGAUGAUGAGUUCGAUUCGGAUCUUAAGAAACUCUGCUGCCUCAUGUGAGUCAGUGAGGUUUUGCCCUGUGACAUAUCUCAUUGGUCUCGUGUGAAUAUUUAUCUUCUCAUAACUGUGGUAAAAGCUAAAGUAUUGUAAAUUAUUUGUUAUUUUUUGUGUGUUGUGUAAAUGUAUGGUGAAAUGUGUCACUCGAAUGCAUGCAAAAUGUGUUAAAAGUGAGUGCCAUGCGAAGAUUGCUUUUAUUGUAAAUUGUUGAUCAGUGUGAAUAAGUUGCUCUUCUGUUUCAUUCAAAGUAUUUAUAGACUUUUGUAGUCUUAAUAUAAGGCAAUUUUUGCCCCCUUUAAAAUCAAAAGAAGUUAAUGCAGAGAAGACAGAUGUAUCAUACAAAGAAAAUUCAUACCUGAUGACACUUUUGUGCUUUGUAAUCAAUGUCAAUCUAUCUGCUUUAAAGAAUGUUUAUAUGUAUUUUUGUACACUAAUAUACCCAAUACCAUUAUGCCAUAUCUGUUCAUAGUACUCAAUCAUCUCAGGUUCUUACAACUUAAGCUAUGUAUUUAGUUUAUAGGAAAAAUUAAUUUUGUUUACCAGCUGUCUUCAUAACAGAUGUCAUCUUCAGCAAUAUAUGAUUAGUUUUUCAGUACACAGAAUUGUUUUGCCUUUUGUACCAUACACCUUUUGUUUUAUGUGGUGUUGUACAAGAAACAGUAUAUGUGGCAUAAGACUGAUAGCCCAGUUCAUUUUUAUUAGAUAUAUGUUCCUUGUUGGAGGGUACAUGUGCUGACGUCCCCAAUUCUACAAGUUUAUAUUGCUAAUACCAUUAGAUCAGUGGAAUUAAUAACAUUAUUCCUUGAAAUCCAUUUGCCUGUCUAUAAUGUCUCUAUUUUAUUGACAUCAGUUCUUCAAUUUUGUGCACUUUGCAGUAGAAUCUAAAGAAGAAAGAUGAGAAAAAUCUUACAUUUCUUUAAGGGGUCUAUCAUGCCCAAAAUAUUCUGUGAAGUAUGCAAGCAUAAUGUUAUUAGUAAUGUGUAUAGUGUAUAUUUUGAACAAAACAUUGUUUUAAUAUCAUUCCUGCACUGCAGUUUUUUUGUCAAAGGGUGUUCUUCAUCAAAGUAUUCAGUCAGUUUAUGUGCAUGUGAUGUGGAAGAGCCAUUAAGAAACCAAAGAGGAGAUUAUAUUUUAUAUUUUCUUUCAUGUUUUUAGUUUAUAUAUAAGAUAUUUAAAAUCACCAUGAUUGCAGUAAAUUCUGUACAAAGUAUGUGAUUGCCCUUGUUUAAAUGGGACACAGAUAUUUAACUUUUGUAUGUUGUGUUUCCAUACACACGUUUUAUCAGCAUACCCUGCAUUUUCUUGUGUUAAUAUUAUUUUUGUAAUUUAAAUUAACCUCUUUUCCUCCCUUCACAUGACCGUUUAAGUAAAUUAUAAUUUUCUGUAAGUGUGCAUUGAUUCUGACUUACAAAAGAACAGUACCCAUGUAAUCAAUGUGUGGUAACACUUUCCCGGCAGUUUUGUUAAUUGAAACAUCAAAUAUUACAGUUUUUCAGAAUGAAGUUUGCUUAGCAAGUCAUUCUCCAGGAAUCCAAAUUUUGUCAUUGGUGGAUAAUCAUCUAUUAGUAACCCCUUUCACAGGACCAUCAAUACAGUUAAAGUUCAUAACAAUGAAUAUGUUACUACCCUGUGCUGCAUUGUGUGUUUUCUGGUGCACUUUUAAUAUAUUUUAUUAUGCCUGUACUAUUGUUUUUAGUGCCAUUUCCAUACACAUUUCAUAUUGUUUCUUUUUUAUAGAAAAAUGUCUAAGAAAUUUGAAUAUGAUCAUUAUUUACCUUUCUGCAUAAAAUUUAGUCCUCAGAUUCUUGCUGUUUCUUCUGUAAGACAAACAACUCAUUAUUACCUUUAGUCAGUAGCAUUAUUCUCAGCAGAAUGUAGCUGUAUUUUCCAUUUACCAUGUAGUUAAAGCAACACUAGUCAGUAAAUGUUAUUAUGAACAUAUUAAAUUCACAAAAACUACAUUAUUUCCGUACCUUGUGAUCCCUUUCAGAAGUCUGAAGAAAUAAAUUGUGUGUUAUUCUUUUAAUUAUGUAUGGAAAAAUAUUAAUUUAACAAUUGACAUGUGCAAGUCAUUUAGAUGUCUCAUACAAGUUUAUAAAUGUGUGUUGUAUAUAAAAUUGUUACACAUUUCACUGUUAUGUAAAUGAAAAUGAUAAAAAUAAUAGUAAUAGUUAUAGUAGUACUGCUAAUGUUCUGCCUUUAUAUUGCACACCUGUGUUAGAUAUUGAUGAGAGAUUAUUAAUACAGAAGAUAAAAUGAAGAUAAUAUGUGUGGAUAAAAAUACCAGGGAGCAAUUCAGCCUAAUUGUUGAUUUUUGCAAAAUAUAUAUGAAUUCCAGAGAUUACACUAUUGGUGAUAAUUUAAAAAAAAAUUUUGUUACUGUAAAGAAUACGUUUAUUGCAUCUUUAUACAUAAUUUGUAAAUAUACAGAGAUAUUAUUGUUUUAUCAUAUAUCAGUGUGUGAGCUUUAAUAGAAAAUAAAGUGUUGCCUUAUUGUUUAGUGUGUAGGUGUGGCAGUAUUAUGCCAGCUGUGAAAAUGUAAAUUAGCAGAUGACGAGUGAGUGAGAGUGAGUAUGUCUCCCAUAUUCAUUUUCGUGAAAAAGGUGUAUUUUCGUAGUAAACUAUUACAAGUAUUAUUAAUUGAAUAAAUCGAAUGAAAACUAUAUAAUUUAAAUGUAUGUUUGAUAGUUUUUAAGCUUUAAUGGUGUUUAUGAAAGAAGAUGAAUCAGACAUUAUUUUAUCUGUUGAGAUAGAAAUAAAAAUAUGUAUAGCCACUUUUUGAAUAGAAAUUCAUUCUUUAGUAUGGCUACUUUCAGUGAGCAUUGUUAUCUCCCCUUAGAAUACAUGUAAUAAUGAUUCUGGUGUUGUAUAUUCUGUAGUUUUUAAAGUGCUCCCUUCUGAGUUGUGUUGAACCACUAUAAAUGGUAAGUAACUCGUGUAACAAUUAGGCUGGAUAAUAAAAAUUUAAGAUGAGAGAAGAGCCAGUUGCUACAAAAAUAUUUGGCUUCACUUUUAUGUGAUAAGUGGUCCACCUCCGUAGCAGAGUGGUCAGCCUUACCAAAUGCCAUGCAGAGGACCCAGGAUCAAUUUCCGGUACUGCCAGGGAUGUUUCUUCAGUGGGAGGACUGGAAUGGGAUCGCAGCCUCGUAAUGCGUCAAUGAACUAAGUGACUGAGCAGCAGCAGCAGCUUCUGCUCACAAAAACUAACAAUGGCCGGAAGAGUUUUGUGCUGAUCCCACGCUCCCCGUACCACAUCCAAUUAUGCCACUGGCAGAGGAUGAUGUGGCGGUCGUUCAGUACCGAUGGGCCUGCUAGGGCCUAUGGAUAGAGUUUACAUUAUGUGCUGAAUUAGUGUGAAAAUAAUGCCCAACUUUUUUUUUUUUUUUUUUAACUUAAAUAAUUGUGGCUCACACAAUUAUACGUUUGUUAAUAUCUGCUACUCGUGUUAAUUGAAAUGUCAUCCUGUCUUUCUCAUGGCUGAAAUUUUACAGACUUGAAAAAUGAUCUUUUAAUGUUAUCACACAGAGUGCCACACACUGAAUUUGUUCUGAAAGUAUCUUUGUAGUUUAUGAUCUGUGUGCAUUAAACAAAACUUUGUUUCCCUUUUUUAAUAUUGCUUUCUAUAUUUGAUAUGGGUAAGAUGUUAGACAUUCUGCAUCAAGAAAAAUUAUUGAUUUCCAGGACUUAAUUGUAUAAUACUUUUCAGAUUAAAUAUCUAAUGGUUAUUCUGGCUCUACAGUCCAUUCUCAUGAAACACUGAUUUUGUGUAGUAAAACCUGCAUGUUUUGUGCGGAUGGAUUGAAAAAGGAAGGUGUGGCGACUGGGAAGCUGCAGUAUGAAUAAUUUUGGUAUUAUCAUCAUAAUCAUCAUCAUCAUCAUCAUCUGGUUGGUGCAGUAAAGUCAUAUUGGAUAACUAUGGCAAAUAGCUGACAACUCAGCUUUUGAAGAGAGUAAGGAGCAAACAACUAAGUGGGCAACAGCAUGUUGUUCUUAUGAAGAACAGUAACAGUUCAAUUUAACUGUCAUUGGUAAGCUUGCUGGCCUAGUGUGGGUAGCCCAUCAUCUGCAGUCAUUACAGUUAGCUGAUUAGACUAAAUUAUCCUGACUGUAUGAUGAUUAUCCUGAUGUUAUAAAAAAUAGUCACUAGGAAAAAAGUUCAGUCAUAUUGCAGCUUUUGGGCACCCAUGUCUUCCUUUUUGAAAUAAUCAGAAAAGUUGAUAAUAGCAGUUGCACAGAGGAAUAAAUUCCUAUUCAAAUAACUACUGGCAAUGUUUUUAUUUCUAUCUGUAUAUGAAAAUACAUAGUUCACCAUCCCCAUCAAUGUAUUUACAGAUGUUAUCCUGUAUGCUAUACUCUUUAAUAAAGUAUAUGCCAACUUCAGAAAAUGAAUAUGACCCUGGAAAAGCUUGUUACAUUUUCUUCUGACUGACAGUUACAUUUUGUACAAUGCUUGAUUAUUGUACAGUAGUGCAGCAUUCUAGCAAGAUACAUUCCCUUUAUAAUUCAAAUUUGUUUGUUAAAAAACCCUAAGUAUUGACAAUUAUAAAUGAAAUGUAAAAAAUGUAUGUUGCAUUCCAUAUGCAUGUGUAAGUAUUUUAAAGUGUAUUUUAUACAGUUUGAGUUAUCAUUCAAUAAGAUAUUACUUUCAAAUCUGUGACUGUGCUUGGAUAUAUCCUUAAUAUUUUGUAUCAAGAAAUGUUUUUAAAUGUGCAGGGACGGAAUUGUUUCAAACUUAAAACUAAGAUAUAUUGUGAUAUCAACUAGAAACCUUAAUUCGUGUUUAGCAUCUCCUAGUCUUAUGCUAUAAUAUUUUCUGGAACCUGUCAAUAUAGGGAAUAUAUUCAUCUAUUGGAUUACAGGCAUGAUAUAUUAUUCAAUGAUUUUAUGGCUUUUGUAGAAAGAUUAUAUCAUUUUGAAAUUGUUAAAUCUACUGCAGUCAAAGAAUGAUAAUCCAGAAAUGGAAAUGGUCAUACCUGUAUAUACUAUCUUACUUCCUGUGUUACUUGUUAUCAGAUUUAUGUAUACCUGUUGAUUGAAUAGAAUGCAUAGUAAACAGGAAAUGAUUUGUGCCAUUGUCAGGGAGGAGUAGCUAUGCACCUCCCUUUCAUUACAGUAUUCCUGAAAAUAUUCAGUUAAUAAAAGAUGAAAUAAAAUUGAA